GCUCCUGCUUCAGCCUUUGCUCCCGCUGCGGCCGUGGCCCCCCUUGGCGCGGCUCUCCGCGCUGCGCGUCCGCUGAGCCCGCCGCUCCCCGGCCCAUGUACUGGAAGCAUGAGAACGCCGCCCCGGCGCUGCCCGAGGGCUGCCGGCUGCCGGCCGAGGGCGGCCCCGCCACCGACCAGGCGCGGGGAGGCGCUGGGCUCAGGCUGCGCGGAGCCAGUUCUGCAGCCGCCGCCGCCUGCGUUCCCUCCCCCCUCCCCCAGGUGAUGGCCCAGCCAGGGUCCGGCUGCAAAGCGACCACCCGCUGCCUUGAAGGGACCGCGCCGCCCGCCAUGGCUCAGUCGGACGCUGAGGCCCUGGCAGGCCCUCUGGACAAGGACGAGGGUCGGGCCUCUCCCUGUACGCCCAGCACGCCAUCUGUCUGCUCACCGCCCUCUGCCGCCUCCUCCGUGCCGUCUGCCGGCAAGAACAUCUGCUCCAGCUGCGGCCUCGAGAUCCUGGACCGAUAUCUGCUCAAGGUCAACAACCUCAUCUGGCACGUGCGGUGCCUCGAGUGCUCCGUGUGUCGCACGUCGCUGAGGCAGCAGAACAGCUGCUACAUCAAGAACAAGGAAAUCUUCUGCAAGAUGGACUACUUCAGCCGAUUUGGGACCAAGUGCGCAAGGUGCGGCCGACAGAUCUACGCCAGCGACUGGGUCCGGCGGGCACGCGGCAAUGCCUACCACCUGGCCUGCUUCGCUUGCUUCUCGUGCAAGCGCCAGCUGUCCACGGGCGAGGAGUUUGGCCUGGUCGAGGAGAAGGUGCUCUGCCGCAUCCACUACGACACCAUGAUUGAGAAUCUCAAGCGGGCCGCCGAGAACGGGAACGGCCUCACGCUGGAGGGGGCAGUGCCCUCGGAACAGGACAGUCAGCCCAAGCCGGCCAAGCGCGCGCGGACGUCCUUCACCGCCGAGCAGUUGCAGGUUAUGCAGGCGCAGUUCGCGCAGGACAACAACCCCGACGCGCAGACGCUGCAGAAGCUUGCGGACAUGACGGGCCUCAGCCGAAGGGUCAUCCAGGUGUGGUUUCAAAACUGCCGGGCGCGUCAUAAAAAGCACACACCACAGCAUCCCGUGCCGCCCUCCGGGGCGCCGCCGUCCCGCCUCCCCUCCGCCCUGUCCGACGACAUCCACUACUCCCCGUUCAGCAGCCCCGAGCGGGCUCGCAUGGUCACCCUGCACGGCUACAUUGAGAGUCAGGUACAGUGUGGACAGGUGCACUGCCGGCUGCCUUACACCGCGCCCCCCGUCCACCUCAAAGCCGAUAUGGAUGGGCCACUCUCCAACCGGGGUGAGAAGGUCAUCCUUUUUCAGUACUAACGCUGCCGGCACUUCCGCAUCUGAGCAUGGGCGCCCGGCAGCUGCCCCUCAGCCGCUGAAAUCCGGAGUCCGAGCCGCUGCCAGGGAUCCACCCGCUCUGCCUCCACCCCUCAUCCGCCAUCCUGCCCACCACCAGCUGGGCCCCUGGGCCUGGCCUUCCCCUCUCCUGCCGAGAACCAGAACCUGCCAGGAGCACCUCCUCCCUGAAGGCAGAGCUCCCUGAAAUUUGGAGCCAGGGUGAAAACAACAGCCUGUGUUUCCCAUUUAGACAGGAGUCGUCUUCAACUUAAGCUGAUUACAAUAGCAAAAGGCCGAAUUGAAUCGCACGACGCCAACAGCCUUCCAAUUUACAGGUUUUCUUUCCUCCCAUAUUGGCCUUUAUUUACUACUUCCUUGGAACCAUCUCUGAAUUCUGAAUAGCGGACAACCCCCAAUGUUAUCCACUCUGUUGCUUUUGUUUGGAAAACUCUACAGUGUUUGUGGGAUGUCCCCAAAGGAAAGCUAUGUUCUAAUUUUAUCAUUUCCAUCUGUCUGGUUAUGUCAAGUUAAUUCAGAGAGAGAAGAGACACUGACCAACCCUGAGAGGCCCAAUAGGGCACAGAUGGAGGCCUGCCCAGACCAAGAGG